GGGAUCGAGAAACAAUGGGGGAGGGGUAGGGGGAGGAGGAAGGAUGGUCGGCGAAAUGCCGGCCGGCUCCACAGCACUGGCAGCCCCACCUGGGGCAGAAGAGGAUGGCGAUGCAAAGGGCUGGGCGGCGCUCUUUGCGCAGCAAUGCGGGGCAAUGAUGUGGAAGAACUUCAUACUUUCGUGGCGCAGCCGACGAGCGACUUUCUUGCAGCUCUUCUCCUCUUUCUUCUUCAUUUUCCUAAUCUUCUGCUUCGACCAAGCGGUCAGAGUGCGCUGGAGAUCCGUAACGGUGUUCAAGAACAUCAUGGAUCCGGAGCAGAAGGCCCUCACGGCCAUCCCGUCGUGCAGUCAGGGGUAUAAUGUGAAGCCGGGCUGCUACGACUUCCUCUACAGUCCGAUGUCGGACAAUCUGGUGAAGGACACCGUGCGCGCUAUCAUGGAGAACAACGGCAAGAGGAAGAUCACCACCGACAAUGUGCUAGGCUUUGAAAGCGCGGCCGCGGUGGAUGAGUGGCUGCUUGCCAAUCCUUUCCGGGCGAUGGGAGCGCUUCUCUUCCACAAUUUAACGAAACAGGACGGCAGCCAGAAGGUCGUGGCUUGCGGCAGUGUCGAGCGGCGGCUGUUGGGAUACGGAUUGCAGACCAACUCGACAGCCAAAGUGAACAAGAGAGGGGACAUCGAAGACGCGAACUUCAUGUUCCAGCUGCCUAUGCAGAUGGCUGUGGAGAGAGAGCUGGCGCGCGGGCUGCUGAGAGACUGCGGGGUCCAUAAUUCCAUUGCGGAAGAGCUGAAGUGGGACGUGUCCUUCUCGGAAUUCGCGCAUCCUGCGCAGGAGCUCUUUUCUCCCGUGGGCACAGCAGGGCCGUUCUUCCUCUUCGCCGCGGCCAUGUUUGGGUUCGUGGUGCAGAUGACCGCGCUCGUGCGCGAGCGCGAGCUCAAGCUCCGCCAAGCGAUGUCGACCAUGGGCGCCUUCACGUCGGCGUACUGGGUCACUUGGCUGGCGUGGGAGAUUGCUCUGUCUGUGAUUUCUUCCUUGUUCAUAGUUAUUUUCGGCAUGGUGUUUCAGUUCCCCUUCUUUCUGAAGAACGAUCUCGGUGUUCAGUUCUUUCAUUACUUCUUGUUCUCUCUGUCCAUGAUUGGAUUCGCUUUUAUGCUGUCGGCCUUCAUUUCCAAAUCCUCUUCUGCGAUCAACGUAGGCUUCUUCGUGUAUAUCAUCGGUUUCUUAACUCUUAUUGUGACGAUGAGCGGGUUCCCGUACGAGCAUGAUUUCAGCAGCAAGGUGCGUUUCUUUUGGUCGUUGUUCCCGCCCAACUCCUUCUCUCUCGGCCUGAAGUAUAUGGGCGACAGUACGGCGACGAAGGAGGACGAUGGGAUCAAGUGGCGGGACAGGGGAAAGCAGCUCCGUGAAGACCACUGCUAUUCCAUGGCUCAGAUCUGGAACCAUUACAUCAUCAGCUUCUUUGUCUUCUUCACCUUGGCUAUUUACUUGGACAACGUUGUGCCCGACCCCAACGGAGUGCGCAAACCCUAUUACUACUUCCUGACGCCGGCCUAUUGGUUGGGUCAAGGGUCAACGACGGAGGGGGGGGGCUGUUGCACGUGGACGAAAAGGCUGUCGUCGAAGGGACGCCAGCAACGAUCGGGUGGCACAGAGAGGGGGCAGGAGGGUGGCGACGGCGCGGAGGAGGACAUGGAUGUGAAGGCAGAAGAGGCGCUCGUGAUGCAGCAGGCCUCGUCGGGACGGAUCGGGUCCGAUGUGGCUGUUCAGCUGCGCGGUCUCGUGAAGGCAUUUCCCAGAAAGACGACGCUGAAGUGCGGGUGUUGUUGCCGGUGCCGGCUGCACUCCACUCCCGAGUUCCACGCUGUCAAGGGCUCUUGGUUCAACAUCGAGAAAGGCAAGCUCUUCUGUCUGCUGGGGCCCAACGGGGCGGGCAAGACGACCACCAUCAACUGCCUGACGGGAGUAAUUCCGACGACAUCCGGCGACGCUCUCGUCUACGGGGACUCGAUUCGGGACCCGAGUGGGAUGAAUCGGAUCCGGAAAAGGAUGGGCGUUUGCCCGCAGUUCGACAUUCUCUGGGACACGAUGACAGGGAGAGAGCACCUGUGGAUGUUUGCUAGCAUCAAGGGCAUGCGCAAGGGGAAGAUCGCCGCAGAAGCGGAUCAGCUCUUGCAGAAGGUGCGCCUCACGGAGGCGGGAAAUAUGCGUUCCGCCAGUUACAGCGGGGGAAUGAAGCGGAGGCUCAGUGUGGCCAUCGCAAUGAUCGGCGAUCCUGCUAUCGUCUACCUCGACGAACCGACGACUGGGAUGGAUCCGAUAUCCCGCCGGCAUGUGUGGGACAUUAUCGAGAGCGCGAAGGCGGGGCGGGCCAUCGUCCUGACGACCCACUCAAUGGAGGAGGCGGAUGUUCUCGGGGACCGGAUCGCCAUCAUGGCCAAGGGGAAAUUGCGCUGCAUCGGGACGAGCAUCCAUCUCAAGUCGAGGUUUGGAGAAGGGUACAUAGUGAAUAUCAGCGUGCGGAAGGCGGCGGCGGCGGCGGCGGCGAAUGGCGGCGGCGAGAGACGGGGAGCGGGAAAUGGCGCGGUAGCUGGCGGAAAGAACGUGGCCGGUGGGCACGAGGAAGGGGGGCAGGGGGAGAGAGAGAACGGCGAGAGCGUGGAAGGCAGACAGAGACAGGAGGAAGAGGAGGAGGCGGGGAAACGCGUUCGCGCGUUUUUCAAGACGCAUCUCGACGUCGAGGCGACGGAGGACGCGGGCGCGUAUAUCAAAUUCCUCGUGUCUAGGAAGAAGGAAGAUGCGCUGCCCGACUUCUUCAGGCGGAUCGACGAGGCGAAGGAACAGCUUGGGGUCACGGACCUGCAACUCAGCUUGAGCACGAUGGAAGAAGUCUUCUUACGGAUAGCCAGGAGGGCGGAGCUUGAGAGCGCGGCGGCUGAAGGCAGAUACGAGAAAGUGGUGUUGCCUAACGACCAGAUCGUCAACGUCCCGGUCGGAGCGGAGGCUGUGCUUAUCCCAGACUCCGCGACGGCGGAGGCGCCGUAUGGCCUGAUGAUAGAUCUCACGUGGCAGCAGGAUGACCAGGGGUGUCUCAAGGUGGCCAGCUUCUCCCUACCUCGCGCGGCACCGGCAUCGCUGCAGGUCGCAGCUGAGCACCUCGCGCGGGCUAAUGUUCUUCAGACUGUCGGCUCUUUCUCCAGGCGUAGGAUGGGCAGCUUCGACAACCCGAUGGUUGGAGAGGCUGUCAGUUUGCCCGCGGGAAGGUGACCUGCUGGACAGGACCGAGAGAGAGCAUCAAAGACGGCGGGAAAGGCGAAAGUACAGCAGCCGCAGCUCCUGCCUGCUCCUUCAGCGGUUCUCUCCCGGUAGUUUCCUUCUUUUCUCUCUUCUUCUUUCGAUUUUCCGUCUUCUCCUCCUCCGCCUCCCUCGCGCGUAGCCCUUGUGGCUGAAUGAAUGGUAAUACCCAUC